AAGCCGGGUCGGCAGGGAGACGAUGACCAAGUACUGCCGGGCGACCAACUGCUCCAACUCGGCGGGGCAGCCCCGGCCGGACAACCAGCGCCUCAGUUUUUACAAGUUUCCUUUGCACGACCCCGAGCGGCUCCAGCAAUGGCUGUCGCAGCUGAACCAGGAGAGGUGGGUCCCGACGAAGCACCAGCACCUGUGCAGUGAGCAUUUCGCGGCCUCCUGUUUUGAGUACCGCUGGGGAGUGCGCUACCUGAAGCCCGACGCUGUCCCCACCAUCUUCCAGACCUCGGAUACCCCACCAAAGAGAGAGAAUCCGUCCAGGCCUCCCUCGGAAGUCCCGGCCAAGAAGCUGAUCCUUGAACGCCACAGCGAGGGGAGCUUCCCGGGCCUGCAGACCGCCAGCCUCCAGGAACCGGAAGCCCUGGAAACGCUCGCCAUAGCCCUUGACCCCGGCGUGGCCGCGACUCCCAUCUACGUGGAGGCGCAGCCCGCCGACCUGGACCUCCGGGCCCUCUCGGCUCCCCUCGUCGGGGCCGUCAACCUGGUGCCGCUUGUCCAGAUCGUGGAGCCCCUCAAGGCCGUGACGCUGACGGUGGCUUCCCCGGCCGAGGCCGUCCAUGGCCGGCCUUUGCCGGACCCGGCGGAGCAGCAGCUGGUAGACUUUGUGGCUUCGCUCCCCCCGGAAGCCGUGCCUGGCUCUUCUCUGGGGGUCUCGGGGCAGCUCUGCGCGGAAGUGGCGGUGCCUUGCGAGGUGGCAGAAGAGGCGUCCCCGCAGGCCACUAAGGCAGAGGAGGGCACCCUGGUCAUCGAGAACGUCUCCAUCGAGCCCUUCCUGGAGGCCGACCCCUCAGCCGCCGCCGUCUUUGGCUCCCUGCAGGCGUCGUCGGCGGAGAUGGUGGCCUACUUCGAGACCAUCCCCACCGCCCCUGCCGCCGCCGCGGCAUCUUCCGCCGUGACGCCCCCCGAGACGGUGCUGUCCUCCGCCCUGAGCCUCCCCAUCGUCUCCACCCUCCCCAUCGUCUCCAACCAGGCCUCCCCCGAGGCCCCCGCGGCCGAGGAGCCUGAGGCCGAGGAGCUGAGCCCUGCCCAGGCCUCCGAGGAGCCGCUGGGGGAGGAGCACCGCUACCACAGGGAGGAGGUGACGACGGCGGAGCUGGCGGAGGUGGUGAUGGGCCUCCAGAAGAAGGUGAAAGUGCUGCAGCAGCGCCACCGCCGGCACUGCGCCAAGCUGGAAGCCAUGGAGGGGGUGGUGGAUCAGCUAAGGAAGGAGAACUUGGUGUCUGAGGAGAAGCUGAAGCUCCUGGAGAUGGCUUGCUUGCAGACCAGCGCCGUGGUGCCCGAGAGUGGCGGCACGGUGGCCAUUAUCUGCCAGGACAGCGACCAAGCCGUGGUCUAUGCCGUGCCCCAGCUGGCGGAAGAAGGCAACGAGACGGUCAUCCACGUGGCGCAGCAGUAGCUUCAAAACGGGG